AUGUGGUAUCAGCUUGAUCCGACUAAUGCACAUGUAGCGUAUGUUUUAGUCGGGACGAUUUCCCUGGUUUUUUCACUUUUGUCGUUUGUUCUGCGGCAGCAGUUCUACAUUGGCGAGGCCAUUUUCGGUACAAUUUUCGGAUGCAUUAUCGGUCCUCACGCAUUGGAUUGGUUUAACCCGUCCAAAUGGACCAGCAACGUUGACGAGCUGACUUUCGAGCUCUCAAGAUUGAUUCUAGUGAUCCAGCUAUUUGCCACAGGCGCAGAGCUGCCACCGAGAUAUAUGCUGGACCAUGCAAGAUCCCUGAAUCUCGUUCUUUUUGGGGCCAUGGUGUACGGAUGGCUGAUCUUAUCGCUUAUUGUCUGGGCUGUCUUCCACAGCAUCGGGCUCAAGUUUAGCGACUCGUUGCUGGUUGGAGCCACAUUCGUAGCUACGGACCCUGUGCUGGCUGCAGCGAUAGUUGGCAAAAGCAAGUUUGCCCAGCGGAUCCGUGCUGACGUUAGAAACCUUAUCCAGGCUGAAUCUGGAGCCAACGACGGUUUGGCGUUCCCCUUUGUCACGCUGUCGAUCAAUCUGAUCAUCAAUCGGCCAGAUAACGUUCAUGCUGGCACGAUUAUUAAGGACUGGAUUUUACUCGGCAUUCUGUACCAGUGUGCUCUUGGCGUGGUCUUAGGUGUUACACUGGGCUGGGUAGGAAGAAAGUCGUAUGUGAUGGCCAGAGCCAACCAAUGGAUGGACAACGAGUCGUCGCUUGUGUUCUACGUUGCUUUAUCGCUGAUCAUCACUGGCUUGGCUUCCGUUCUUGGCUGCGACGAUCUGCUGGCCUCAUUUGCUGCCGGUUGCACGUUCAGUUGGAAGGGCCAGCUGGAUUUUGAUCUGCAACCAACCACAGACGAGGACGCAGACUUUGAAUCUCUUAAGUUCUCGAGCAUUAUGGACUUGUUGUUGAACACGGCGUAUUUCGUCUACUUCGGAUCCAUCAUCCCAUGGCCGCAGUUUACUCCGUACGCUUGGAAGCUUGUGGUUUUAGGAAUCGCGUUUUUGCUACUUGCACGGAUCCCUGCGCUGCUUAUGCUGCAGUAUUUGGCCCCAGAUAUCAGAAACUGGAAAGAUGCGCUGUUCAUCGGCCAUUUUGGGCCUCGAGGCGUGGGAUCCAUCUUCUGCUGUCUGCUUGCAAAACAUCUGUUGGAGACUCGUUCGCACAACGUUGAAGAACACGAGACGUUGCUGAACGUUCUAUGGCCCGUGACAACGUUUAUUGUUGUGAUUUCGGUUCUCGUUCACGGGUUCUCCAUCUGCUGCUUCACUGUCUACAACAAAACCAUCAAGGUCCACAUCACUAGACAGCCUACUCCGAUUACACUGGAAACCCAAACCAUUCCUGAAGAGGGAACUUCCAUUGCAAGGCGUCGAAUGUCGAAGCUGAGGGUGACCCAACCGGCUGUCGAUGACCCAUCGUUCCCUAAACACGCUUACGUGAGCAGAAGCAAAGUUACGCUGAUGAACCAUAAAGGUGAUGUUUUAAACGAGUUUGAGGUCAAGGACAGCUCCGUUGACUGCUCGUCGAAACUGGUUGCUUUCCGGGAGGGGAACCAGAUUGUCAUUGAAGAUGGUGGACGGGAGAUGAAGCGUUACGAUUUAGAAGAUUUGUCUUAA